CUCAGUUUUCAGGAGAGUCCCGACAAUCUGCCACCCCUGACGCUCGGGGGAUGCUUUUCGCGUAGUGCGCCCGCUGUUUUCGCGCUCAGAGCUCGAGGUCUUGCGUUUUUGCGUCUGCCGUGGACCAUGCGGGGGUGAACUUGGCUUGAAAACUGUGUGGACCGCCACUGUGUUUUGGGUAAAAUUAGUAGAGGUUUAAAUGAUGGAAGUUGAUUUUUAUAAGUGAGUUGUGCUGGGUACCACAAUGGCCAUUUGGAUAUACGGCGUGCUGUUUGCCCUUCGUCUGAGUUCAGUACUGGGUGCAGUGAAGUCUGGAAGUGGUAUAGCUAGCAACACGAUUUCGGAGCUGACAACGAGAGGGCCACAUUUUGACCAGACAGCCUCCAAAAAUGUGACAGCUCUACUGGGGAAAACAGCAUAUCUCAACUGUAGGGUGAAGAAUCUGGCCAAUAGGACCAUGUCCCUACAGGUGUCCUGGGUACGCCACAGGGAUGUCCAUCUGCUCACCGUAGGCAGGUACACCUACACCAGCGACCAGAGGUUCAGGGCCAUCCAUCAGCCUCACUCUGAAGACUGGACCCUGCAGAUCAAGUACCCUCAGCACCGUGAUUCUGGGAUAUACGAAUGUCAAGUAUCUUCCACACCGCACCUUUCUCACUUUAUUCAUCUUACUGUAAUCGAGCCGGACACCGAAAUAGUGGGGGCCCCCGAGCUGUUCAUCGAUCGCGGGAGCACCAUCAACCUCACCUGCGUCGUCCGGCAUAGCCCCGAGCCCCCCGCCUACAUAUUCUGGAACCACAACGACGCGAUUAUCACCUACUCCAGCUCCAGAGGCGGAGUAAGCGUUGCCACAGAGCGCGGGGAAACUAGCCGUAGUGUUCUUCUAAUCCAAAAGGCUAGACCCACUGAUUCCGGAACCUAUCAAUGUAACCCCUCCAAUGCAAAAUCAGCCAACGUCACCGUACACGUUCUAAAUGGAGAGCAGCCAGAGGCAAUGCAGCAUGGCGGCAACCAGAGGAUGGGACCCUCCCUCGGGGCCUUGGCCUUCAUCUGCUACGUCCUCCUGGUCUACUGCUAACCUACAGAGUGUUCCGCUCAACGUGUCACUUCAGACGAGACUACCGGUCGGUCGUCAACUCGUCAGCAACCAUCGUACAUGUCAUGUAGACUAUUAUUGUAUAUACUAUUAUAAAAUUUUAUGGAAAACUGGUAGCUUUAAGACAUCUGUUGAUUUGUGUCCGUUUCUGUUGCCACAUCACUCUAUGUAUUAUAAACUUUGAACCGACACUAUUUAUUUUAAUAAAAGACUAAAUUUUA